AUGCGAAGCACCAAAAACGCCGAAGAAAUCGGAAUGUUGCCAAUAUCACACCAAACAAAAGCAAGUCAGUCAGUUGCUGAAGGAAAAGGACUCGAAGAAGCAAUUGCUAACCAUCAAGCACAGUUUUCUCUGACCACAAGGGAGAUCAUUGACGAACAAGGACACGACUGCGCAACGGAAUUGCAAAUAAUUGACAGUAAGAAUGGACUCCAUAAAAUCAGUUAUUCCCCCAAAAAUGAAGGAAGAUGUAAAGCGACGAUAAAGGUAAACGGGGAACAUGUGCACAGCGUUAAACCGUUUCAGCUUAGACCUGUUUUAUCUUUUGGUGAAGAGGGCUCGUCGGUUGGAAAGUUUUCUUUUCCCUGGGGGGUUGCAGUUAACGCUAACGACGAGAUCGCUGUAACUGAUCAAUUCAACAACAGGGUUCAAAUUUUCAGUAGUGAAGGAAAGUUUUUAAGAUCAUUUGGUAAGAAGGGUGACAUGGUGGGAGAAUUCAACAAUCCUCGGGGAAUAACAUUUCAUAAUAAUGGCAAUAUUUUUGUUACAGACUGUUACAAUCAUAGAAUUCAGAUUUUUAGCGGUGAGGGUACGUUCGUGGGAAGUUUUGGUGGGAAAGGAAACCUUGAUAGUCAACUUGAUUAUCCCUCGGGUCUGUCUGUAGACAGUGAUGGGAAUAUCGUUGUUGCAGACGUAGGUAACAAACUGAUUAAGAUCUUUUCUCCUGAAGGCAAGUUUCUAAGAAAGAUAGGUGGGCAGGGGUCUUUUACCUAUCCUAUGCACUGUAUUCAAUAUCAUAGAUAUCUCAUAGUGUCAGACAAUAGUGAUCAUUGUAUCAAAGUUUUUGACAGGAAUGGAAAGUUUCAGUACAAGUUUGGAAAGCAGGGAGGAAGGGAUGGGGAGUUUAAUUAUCCAAGGUGUUUGUCAUUGAACAAGCCAGGACAACUUAUGGUCUGUGACUCAGGCAAUCGUAGAAUACAAGUCUUUGAACUGAAUGGAAAGUUUGUUGGUAAGUUUGGAACUCAAGAUAAAAAUUUAGGAGAAUUCAGAUAUCCAAGAGCACUAGCUGUUCUCAGUACAGGGAGAUUUGUUGUUGCUCAUCGUGAACGUUACCAUCGUAUUCAGAUAAUUGAGUAGUGCUUGUUCGCUCUGGUGAACUGUUUGGCUUAUUUUGAGCUGAGUGAGAUUGACAACCACUUUCUACAUAAAUCACUUGAUUUUUAUAUAAAAUUAACAAAUGAAUAGAAGUAAAGUGAAAGGGAAGAAAUGAAAAGAAACUCUGUAGAGUACAUAUCCGUUAAUUUUUUAGGCAGAGUGGUAGGACUGAGAAAAGGUUAAUCAAAUCCAAUAUGUGCGCCUGUGAAGCAUUCCGAUGGAAGCGUAUUGCUACUGAGAAUGUUACGUUUACAGAACUUUCCAUAUACAUUUGGUAUUCAUUAUUUUAACAAACGAAAGGUUGUGGUUAUUCAUUAUGAUUUGGAUCAUUUACAAUUAUAACAACAAAAAAUUACAGUCACUUUUGAACAAAACUUUUUUCAGUUUUAUAGCUGGAAUAAAGAUCUGAAAACCCGUGGGAGAGUUGUUAGUGAAUUUUUUUAGAUAAAAUAAAAAGAAUCAUCAAAAUUGAAGAAAGGUUCUUUCAAAGAACUCUAAAUACAAUUUAGUGGUGUAUUUUGUAAGUGUCUUGAGAUCUUAGAAAUAGUAAGGGGACUAUGAUUUCUGUGUAUAGUAAGUAUUUUAGGGGAAGAGAAUUUUUAAAUAUAAAUUCAGGUGUUGACUGAAUCAAACUAAUAUGUUUAAGUCAAACACAGAAAAUAUAUUGAACUUGAUAAACCAAGGGCUGUAUCAGCAUGUGAAGAGCAGCCAAGUCAUUGCGGUUAAUUUUGUAUAUGAAUAGUUCAGAGAACAUAUGGAUGGUUUUCAAUUUUUCAGUCAAAAACAGAACCUUGGCGGCAAACAUUAUCAGCAACUAUCAGCUGAAAAAUAGAUUUUUAAAAAUAAGUUAAUUAAGGAUUAACCUGCCAUUUCAAAAUGGAAGUCAUUAUCACUAUUUUGUACUUUGAAAUGUAAGCAGAGUUCUUAGGAUUGAAAAUAUUUGUAAGAGUGUACAUGUUAAUGAUCUCAGAAACCACAUAAUGCUUACAUUCAUAUAUAAAACUGAAAUGAGGGACUUGGCAAUUGGAGGUCUGGGCAUAAGACUGUUUCAAGUACAGUAGAUUCAUUUGAACUUAUCUAGUUUUAUAAUAAAUAAGAAGCUCUGCACAUCUAGAUAAGUUGCAUUGAUUAACAAAUUGAACUGACUCUGUAUAUUGAAUAUCAUAUCAUCUAAAAAAUAAAGUGUCACUGAACUGUUUGACCUUUUGUAUUUAAUGAAGUUUUUAUCAUUGCUGGUAUUACUUUAUUAUCAUUAUUUAUUUAAAUCUUCUGAGUGACCAUGAAAGAUUUUCUCCUCACAAGACCAAUACAAUAUCAAGUAAACAAGUGAUAAGAAUUAUUAUCUGAUCCAAAACCAAAUUCUCCAAACUAACACCAUGGGAAUUGUACUGUAAACUGUAAGGAGAAUUAGUAAUGAGAUCUUGGGAGUGAAAGGGUUAACAUAGAAACAUAACAUGUAGGCAACUUUUAUUCCCGGGUGUAAUAAUUUAUUUAAAAACACAGUAUAACAAAACUAAAGCUAUGUUGCAAUACUUCCCUCACUAAAUUAAAUACCACUCCAUAUUUUCAAAAUGUACUUACUUUUGGCUUGUCCUUAUCUUCUUCCUCUUCAUUUUUCUCUUCGAUAAUAACUCCAAGAUUGGGUUCUGGUGGAAUUCCAUAAUACACCUUGCUUUUGUUGGCUGCAGUGAGAAAACAAGCAUUUUAUGAACAAACAGUUUCCACUUCCAAGGAUAACUGGCUCUUCUGCAUUGUAACCUGGGCUUGAAAACUACAUUGUACCCUUCCACUUGUCUCUAGUGUAGUCCCUAAGCUCACCAUUACACACCCUGCAUAGGAUUCCUACAUCCAGGCUCAGUGUGAGCAGGGAUAGGAAAGUUCAGGGGGUUGAAAAGUAAAUCCAAAAAGCUUGUAGAUAAGGAAGGGAAAAGGGUUUAUACGUGUAUGUACACUACUUUGUGCUGAAGAAUAGCAAUAAUUUAAUGUUGAAUAAAAACCAGCCAGACACAAGAGCUGGACACCCUUCAUGGAGGUUUAACUAAAACCCCCAAAAGUUUUUGUACUCCUUCCCACUGGCAAAUCCCCAAAACAAACCACAUUUCAUAGCACUAACAACCAUUGCAGACCCUGCUGCAUUUAGACAGGACAAAUGGAAAAAUAUCUGAACAACAAAAGGUUUCAAUUAAGCCUACACAUCCUUUUAGAUUUUGGAGCAACUUUCUUAACACAGAAAAAACUUUUCAGUCCCUGGUUAUCCAAAGAAAAUCAAUCCUUAACCCUUAAAUUCCCAGAUGUGAUUCACAUGUAACUUCUCCCUAUAAUAUCCACACAUCAUCCAUGAAGCAGGUAAUGAGAAUACUCAAACGUAUUAGGUAGAAGUUGUUCUCACAAUCAAGAAUCCAAAUUCUCAUGAUCAAUUACAAGGAAAAGUGCAGAAGCAAGAGGGGAGAAUUAACAGUCAGAUCUUGGAAGUUAAAGGGUUAACUCUAAAAAAUAAUCCUUUUUUUUUUAAGGGCAGGGGGGUGGCUUCACACAGGCUACAUACUUAGUGACUUUUCUUUACAGUUUACUAUUUUGUAUAAAUGUGCAAGCUACAAAGUUUUUAAUACUGUCUUCAUAGAGCAUAAUUUCUAUCAGUUUACCAGUGUAACCAACACCAAAUGUCGGAUAAUACAUGAGAGGUUUUCAAAUAACAAGCUGAUAACAGCACAGGAUAUUAUAACUGUUAAAAAAAAGUAGUGGUAACAACUAUUUAUAAAAAAGAAUGGUUGGUCAACCACUAGAAAAGUACAUGUACAUUUAAAAAGUAUUUCAUUUGACACUGUCUCAACUUGAAACUCCAUUCUCAAACCUCAAAGCCAUUUGGGAUAAUAGAAGACAGAGAACCAAGGCUCCAGAAUCUAGGAUUGAGACACGUAACUGAAGAAUUUCUUGAGGAUCUCAAUCCCCCAUUUGGAGGAAACAAUUUUAUUAUCACAUCAAACUCUACUCAGAUGUCUAUAAACUUUGACUUGAGCCUUGAUCCUAGAAGUUCUCAAAAAAAUCGAGAGUCAGAGAUUGAGAAUUGAGGAUCGGAGAUCAAGUUUUGAGGGACUGGCAACUUUGGACACAGUCUGUUUUAAUACCUUAAGGUUCCUAUGAGCUCACUGCUUUUCCUGGGUUCACGCCGUGAUAUGGCUACCAACUAAUGCUAAGGCCUUCAUGAUAAUCUUCCUGACUUCCUCAAAAACAGUCAAUAAAAGAUUGUACUGCAAAAUAACAUCAAGGAACAUAAAGUUGAAUGACAGCUAUUUUCAGGAAAGGAGUUCAGAGAAAAGACCUCUCAAUAUGGUCUUAGAAAUAAAUCAGGAAACUGGAUCAGUAACACAAAGUCAAAUCUUGCCUGACUGGUAACCCUUUAACUCCCAAGAUCUGAUUGUUAAUUCUCCCCUCUAGCUACUACAUAUCUACUUGUAAAUCCUAGAUGGUCCUAUUACCGUUAUUAAUUUACAAGAGAACAUUUUCCCUCGCUUACAUCAUAUCUUCAUGUGCACCAGUUUCAUCAAGAUUCAUAGUAGCCUGCUAAGAUUUUGUUUCAUGUCGUCCCUCUCCUGCUUAUCAUUAGGUUUCUUUAGAUCCAUUGAAAAACAGUUUUUGGAAGUUGAGGCGAUAUUCACUUAAAAACUCCAAUUUAGUUUUUGAGAAUAGCUGACUUUAGUCUGUCUAAGAGGAGUAAAUAUUUUUCAACCGGGUAUGGCUUCAAAGCAAGGAAGGCCAUCUUAACCAAUUCAUACAUACGAGGAACGCAAACAAGAGUAAUUAGGGCCUUUUUGCCAAAAUGGAAGAAGGUGCGAAGGAGGAAGGGACUUACAGAACUAGUUCUUUCCUGUACCAUGGUCCCUUACACUGCCGCCAAGCGGGAACAAUGAAGUCAGAGUGACUGGUGGCCAGCGAAGCGCAAUCAAAAAGUAGGCAUGCAAUGCGCAAAUAAACUUGCUAAUAUUUGUGGUUUGUGACAGACUCUAUGUGUCUUGUAACACUUACUUCGGGUCUGUUCCUUCAUCGUCGUCAUCAUCAGGAUUACAAAUGGAACGGGUGUUCCAUAGCGUUACACAGUUAUCUACUCCACCUGGAAGAAAAAAUAAAUAUGUGCAACUGCUUUCCUGCUGAGAAGCAAAGAUGAAAACAGCGACGUGCUUUUAACUAAUAACUAAAAAUUCAGGUAUGUAUUGCGGACCUACACUCUUACACUCCCUCAUGCACUCAUAGCCUACAGCAAUGUGGGUAAUAUACUUACAACGCACUACCCAUAAGAAACAUAAAAACUACGAAUUGGAUAAUCCAAAGAAGUCAUUACUUAACUUGCAAAGAUGAAGGGAGGCUUUACUAGUUUUAUUCUUUUUUCCUUUGACUUCAUUCGAAGCACAAACAAAACAAACCUGAGGCCAGCAAAUUCCCAUCUCUAUUAAACAUCAAAGAGUACACUGUAUCUGAGUGUCCUUUUAGCUCUGUCAAUGGUGUCCCCUCUGCGAGAUCCCAAACUAGAAUACGCUUAUCAACGCCUAACCGAUAAAUGGAACGAAGAGCGGAAAGUUAGGCAAUUUGUUAUUCACUUCUGCAUGGCGCAAACUCCCUUGUAUACGUCAGAAGGGAUCCCUAAUGGAAAGUGCAAAGAUCUUUGUCGGUGAACAAAUUAGGACAAAUUAUGGUUUGUAACUCAGGAAGUUGUAGAAUACUAUUCUGACAAGUCUUUUAGCUGAAUGGAAAGUUUGUUGGUAAGUUUGGAACACAUAAAUAAACAAACAUUUAGGAGGAUUCACAAUUCCACAUGUACUAGCAGUUCUCUGAACAGGGAGAUAUGUUGAUGCUGACAGUGGGCUUAUUUUGAGCAGAGUGAAAUUCAACUGCUUUCUACAUAAAUCAACGAGUUUUAAAUGAAAUUAAGAAAUGAAGAGAAAUAAAAUAAUAGGGAAGAAAUGAAAAGAAAUUCUUUAGUUCACGUAUCUGUUAAUUUUUGGCGGGGUAAUAGGACUGAAAAAGGAUUGUCAUGUCCAAUAUGUACACCUGAAGCAUUUCGAUGUAAGCGUAUUCCUGCUGAGAAUGUUAUGUUUACAGAACUUUUCAAAUAAAUCUGGUAUUCAUUAUUUUAAGAAACGAAAGGUUGUUGUUAUUCAUUAUGAUUUGGUUCGUGUACAAUUAUGACCAGAAAAAAUUACAUUCACUUAUGAUGUUGAAUAAUAAUUUUUUCACUUUUAGUGGAAUAAAGAUUUAAAAAUCUGUGUGCAAUUGGUUUCAAAACUUUUUGUGGAUAAAUAAAAACAAAAUCAUAUAAGCUGUAGAAAGGUUCUUUCGAAGAACUUUAGCCCUCUUUUCGGUGGUGUAUUUUGUAAGUGUCUUGAGAUCUUAGAAAAUAAUAAGGGAACUAUAAGAUUUCUGUAUAUAAUAAGUACUUUAGGUGAAGAGUUGUGAUAGAUCAUGCGGAUCACGCCAUAUUGCACCUAGAGGAAGAAGCGGAAAGACAAAAGAUGGAACUAAAAUCACUAAUUCAAAUACAGAAGCACGAUUUACAAGCAAAGAUUGACACUUUGGGUCGACUGAAUGAAGACUACGCAAAAUUGAUACAACAAAACGAUGAUAUCAAGAGACAAGUGCAGAAGUUUGUGGAUAAUUUAAUUGCAACUAUUGAAGCGAAGAAACAAAAUAUCCUCUUAGCGGUGGACGACGAAACGAAGAGAUUCCUCGAAACUCUAGCAACGCAAAAGACGGAGAUCGAGAGUGAAAUAAAGAUCAUCGCAUCAUCGUUGGAAAAAGCUGAUACAAUUCUAAAACGAAGCACACACGCCGAAGUCGUUCAACUAAAGAAAUCAUUCGAGGAAAUAUUUCAGGGAACUCAAAGCCAGCCAAAAGACCGUUACUCGGAAAAGCUUCCUGCUUUAGCUUUUGUGGAAAACCCAAAGAUGCUAAGCACCAUAAACGCCGAAGAAAUCGGAGUGGUUGAAAUAGCACACCAAACAAAAGCAAUCCCGUCAGUCAGUCGUCGAAGGAAAAGGACUUGA